GGGUUGAGGUGCAACUGGUAGGUAAAAGCAUUCUAUGAAAGUGGAUGUCAUGAUUAAAAGAUCCCCUCUUGAAAAUAAGACAUUUAAUUUGUAAAAAAGUGAAUAAAUGGAAUUUCUUCAAAUGAUAGCUUUCUAUUUAUCGUCUUCCACUUUUGCAUUGAUCUUUAAUUGCCUGGUGUGUAAGUUUUUUAUUUUUUGUUUUAUAUUUUUGGUUUGUGCAGGCUGGUGUGGAUUGCAUGCAAAGCCUGAAGAGGACCCAAGUAAAUCAAGUGUUUUAUUUCAGGAUUACAUUUUUCCUUGUUCAUCAAUUGAUUACAGGCAACAUGCAACCUAUCCUUUUAAUUACACUGAUCCAUACAAUCAUGGGCUAGUUGCUGCUUAUGGCCCUCAUUCUGUGGUACAUUCCCAAAUGAUGGGCAUGACACCUAUUCGUGUGCCGCUUCCUCUCGAUGCUGCACAAGAUGAGCCUAUAUUUGUGAAUGCAAAGCAGUUCAAAGCAAUUAUGAGGCGUAGAGAAUCGCGUGCCAAGCAAGAGGCUCAAAACAAACUGUCAAAAAAUCGAAAGCCUUAUCUCCACGAGUCUCGGCAUCGUCAUGCUUUAAAUAGAGCAAGAGGUUCUGGCGGUCGUUUUCUGAAUACAAAGGAACUGCAGGAGGCCAAGGCCGUUGCCAAGACCAAUGACAAAGAAACCUCCGGUUCCUUGCAGCUCCAGUUGAACAUGGAAACAACGGAACCUGAAGUUUGUCAGACAGGAAAUAAAAAGGAUGGGAUCUCCAUCACUGCCUGCUCGGACAUCACAAGUGCUUCAAAUGGUGAUGAUGCCCUCCAGCGUCAAGACUUCAGGUUCUCUGGGUAUCGACCUCAUGUUGGUAGUUUCGUAGCCAGUGGUGGGAGUGGUAGAACUGGUGGCGUUCAGCAGUUCCUCUCAAUCCGCUGAUGAGAUUGGGGAGUCAAACUUACAGCUGUCCAUGACUCGGCACUUCUCUGAGGAUAUGGCUGCUGGUAAAAGUGGGAAGUCAUCCUUGGCUGUUUGGUUUGGUAAUAUUGUAGUGCAUCUUCGCGUACAAAAGUAGCUUCAUUGCGUGCAUGGUUUCUGGAAGUUGUUUUUAAAACAAGAAGGCUUCAUCAGAAUGAUAUGAUGAGUGGCUACUGUUAUAAUUCACUCAACUAUUUGCAAAAGAGCACUUCAGUUGCUAAUGGGUGGUAAUGCUUUCUGUUCAGGGUUUGAGGUU